AGAUCGAUUGUAAACGUCACCCACGCAGUUGCUUACUCAAUAACAAAACAACCUGCCACAUAUUUUUUCACUACUAUAAUACAUAUUUUAUUAUAAAUUUACCUAAAUAAAUAUCUUGUUGUUUGAUUAAGUUUUAUGCCAACAUUAUCACAACGAAUCAUAUUUAUAGGUUAUGUUAUAGAUUUUUGUAAAAAAAGAAAUAUCUUCUAAAAUAACAAAAAUCUUAACUUAAAAUUAUGUUUACGAGAAAAUUUAGUUUCCAAUGAUAACAAGUACAUAAGAUUAAUUUUAGUGUUUCAAAUGUUCCACAUAAAAUAAAUACUAAAAUGUGUGUUCGAUAAUUUGAAGAGAAUGACGCAACUAUUGUUACUCGUUGAACUCGACAAUGUUAUUGACAAUUUAAUUGUUCUCUGAAAAAAAAACGUAGUGUCAAGUUUUGACAAAUGCAAAAUUAUAAUUGUAUGGAGAAUAUUGUGGUUUGGAGUGUUGUGGUACUUAAAGGGGGAACAUAUAACCUAACAACAUUAAAAGUUUAACAAAGAAAAAUGAGAAAUAUAAUUUUCGAAAUGUUUCCAAAAAUUUAUCCAUCUGUUUUUAUGCUUUUUUUCAUUUUCGGCGCAUUAGCAAAUCAACAAACAUCAGAGAAUCAUAGCACAGAAUUGACUUCAGAACAUGACCCUCUUCUAAUAUUUUCCACUCUUAGUGGAUCAUUUAUUGGAGUUGGGCAAAGAUCUGGUGAAAUUCGAUGGCGUCAGGAUGAUGAACCUGCUGUAAAAGUACCACAUAGUAUUACCGAAACCUCGAUGCCAAUGUUUUUACCUGACCCUAAGGAUGGUACAUUAUAUCUUUUUGGUGCUGAUUCUGAAGUAUUAAAAAAAUUGCCAUUUACAAUACCGCAAUUAGUUGCAAGUAGUCCAUGCAGAAGCAGUGAUGGAAUUUUAUACACUGGGAGAAAAAUUGAUACUUGGUUUAGUGUUGAUCCACAAACAGGUGAAAGGGAACAAGUUUUAGGUUUUAAUAAAGUCAAAAACACCUGUCCCUUAGAAACGCAGGAUGUAAUUUACGUUGGACGUACAGAGUACAAUAUUAUUAUGAUUGAUAGUAAGCACAAAAAUCGAAAAUGGAAUGUAACUUUCUACGAUUAUUCAGCUGCAAAAAUGGAAUCGGACUCUAUUGAAAAUUAUGAUUUAGUACAUUUCACCACGAGUUCAACUGGUAGAGUUGUAACAAUGAAUAGAAGAUUGUUGAAAGUUUUAUGGGAUGUUGAUUUAGGAAGUCCUGUAAUAGCUGUUUACACUGUUAGUAAAGAUGGUUUAACUGCGGUGCCAUUUACAAGUGUCGCUGAAGAGGCUUUGGAUAGAUUACUCGAUCAGGCGACUGCGAAUCUUAAUCAAGUUCAAUUGUCACAAACUCUUUAUAUUGGAGAACAUACUCAUGGUUUAUAUGCUCUUCCUUCGUUUGCUGAUUCAUCAACAGUAACAAUAUCGAGCAUGUCAACUCAUUUGCUUUUAGAGGGACCUCUUAUUACAUCUUAUAUUUCGAAUAAUAACGAUAUUCCUCUUCCUGGUGAUCAUGUGUCUACAACGAAAAUCGAGACAUCUGAGGAUGAUUUUCAAAGCAUCAAUCCUGAGAAAAAUAUUAUUAUGUUAGGACACUAUAAUGUACCUGCUGAAUAUAAACCGCAGAAUUCGCCACUUCAAAUCGCAGGACCAACUCAAGCUGUAAUUCCAGUAAGUUUACCUUUACAAAAUUUCACCAAAACAAUCGAGGACGCUAAUAAGGAAUUUAUAAACACCACAAAUGAGCAUAAAAAUUGGCGUAGAACCAUUGCGGCAAGUUACAAUGCAGGAAAAAAAUGGCUUAAUCAACAAGAGAGUAAGGGAUUAAAAUUGACGCUGAUAAUUUUGGUUGGAUGUAUAAUUACCAUGUUUUGGUAUUUGAAUGCUCAAUUCAAGGAGUUUCAACAGUUGUCUCAGGGUUCACGUGACAGUAGUCGCACUGGUAGCAAUGGAAAAAAUGGGGAUGUCUACAUUCCUGAAGAAAUUGGAGAAGGAUUAGUUAGAGUUGGGAAAAUUACUUUUAAUACAAGUGAAGUUUUAGGUAAAGGAUGUGAAGGAACUUUUGUCUACAAAGGAGAAUUUGAUGGUCGACCUGUAGCGGUGAAACGUCUUCUUCCCGAUUGUUUUACAUUCGCCGAUCGAGAAGUGGCACUAUUACGAGAAUCCGAUGCACAUGCAAAUGUCGUUCGUUAUUUUUGUACAGAACAUGAUCGAAUGUUUCGCUACAUUGCUUUGGAAUUGGCAGAAGCGACACUGCAAGAUUAUGUUGCUGGAAGAUAUAAUCGGGGGAAAAUAUCAAUAAAGAAUAUUUUAAAGCAAGCAACAGCUGGACUUUCACAUUUACAUUUCUUGGAUAUAGUUCACAGAGAUAUAAAACCACACAAUGUAUUGCUGUCAGUACCAGGACCUAGAGGAGAAGUGAGAGCAAUGAUUUCUGACUUUGGUCUUUGUAAAAAAUUACAAUUAGGUCGAAUGUCCUUUUCAAGAAGAUCAGGUGUGACUGGAACUGACGGUUGGAUCGCACCAGAAAUGUUAAACGGUGAAAGAACAACUUGUGCUGUUGAUGUUUUUUCCCUUGGUUGUGUAUUUUAUUAUGUUUUAUCCGGAGGAAAACAUCCAUUUGGUGAUCAAUUGAGAAGACAGGCAAAUAUUCUUUGCGGUGAGAGUGAUUUGGCGGGACUUCAAGAAAUUUCAGAAAACGACAAAGAAGUUGCUCUUAUUUUAAUUAAAUCGAUGAUAAAUAGUAAUCCAACAGAUCGACCACCGGCAAGUGCAGUUCAAAAUUUUCCCAUUUUCUGGGACUCGGCACAAAUUCUUAAUUUCUUUCAGGAUAUUAGUGAUCGAGUUGAAAAAGACGAACUUAGCAGUCCCGCUUUAAGAUCAUUAGAAACAAAUAAUAACAAAGUAGUGAGAAGUGAUUGGAGAUCUCACAUUGACGUUGAAGUUGCCACUGAUUUACGUAAAUAUAGAAGCUAUCGAGGGGAAAGUGUUAGAGAUUUACUCAGAGCACUUAGAAAUAAGAAACACCAUUACAGAGAAUUAACACCUGAAGCACAAUCAAGUUUAGGUGAAAUUCCAGAAAAAUUUACCGAAUAUUGGCUUUCUCGAUUUCCAUGUUUAUUGCCACAUGUAUGGUGUGCUAUGCAAAAAUUUCGAUUGGAACCGAAUCUCAAAACAUAUUAUGAUGAGAGUUAUGAAUUUCCAUUUGAAUUAGAUGAAAAAUAUUUUAGUGCAAUUCCAAAAGUUGAAACAUUACCGACAACACAGUGGAGAACACAAAAUUCUGUUGAUUGGAGUCCAAAUAGAAUGAGGUUUAGAGGACAAAGAAAAAAAUAUGAUGAUCGAAGAAGAAAAGUUGAAGAACCAAUAAAAUGGACAUUACCACCUUCAAGUUAAGGUAAAUAUUAUUUUAUCUUAAUUUGAAAUUAAAAAUCUGAUUUUUAAGUCAUAAAUCGACUAAUUUAAUUUAAUUUCUAUUUGAAAAAUUUUAAUUUAUGAAUAACAAAAAACAAAAGCCAAAUUCGGUGAUGAAAGUCAACACUCUGAUUAAAAAAAAAUAUGUUCAUAUUUGUAUAUAAAUGUAUUAUACAAGAGAUCACUUAUAUUAUUUAUAAGUUAUUAGUGAGUGAAAAAAGUUUAUGCAAUAUACAUAUUUUUGCAUAUUGUGUGUUUAUUAAAUAAGGUUGUAUUAUACAUUCCAAAUACAAUCCUGCAGUGAUUUAUGUAUUUAUUACAUGUAUUGUAUAAAAAAUCAGAUGAAAAUAUCAAAAAAAGAAAGAUAAUAUAUUUUUUAGAGUUAUCAAAAAAAAAAAAAACUGUUUGUGAUACAUUAGAAGUAAGUUUUAAUUGCAAAAUAUGGAUUUCAAAUGAUUAUGUAUAUUUAUAUCGUGAGCGUUAUUUAUAUUGUGAAGGCAAAGAAUUUUUUCACCAGUUUUUUGAAAAUCUAUUUUUAGAAUUCUAAGACAAGUUUCUAUUGCAACAAUGUUUUAAAAUAAAUUUACUUUUUUUGCACAAUUUUUAAUUAUCUUCUAGAUAUAUAUUUAUAUUCAUUAUAAAGUUGUUUUUGAAAAGUGUACGGAAUGAAAAAUUUAAUUUUAGACAAAUUAUAAAAUAUUGUUUUUAAUUUAUUCAAUGAUAUAGGAAAAAAAACCAACAAAUCUUUUAAUACUUUUUAUUUUAUGUGUGAGAAUUGUGUGCUAUUACAAAAGAAAAAAAAUUGUAUUAUUUGCGUGAAAGUGUAAAUACAAAAAAAUAGAUUGUUAGUAAUAGAAGGUGUUCUGCUUAACAACAUAUUGUUAAGUGAAAAAUAAAUUUUACAUUACUUUCUAUAUUCAUAUACAAAUGUUAAUUUUGUAUAAAAAAAUAAAUUAAAUAUAUUACUAUUAAAAAAUAAUUUAAACGAUUUUUUUUAUUAACAAAUACUUAAUUUAAAAUUUAUGAAACAAAUAUAUUAAGACCUUUACUUUACAUAUUACAACAUUCUUUAACUGAUAAAAUAAAAUUGUUAGUCAUUCGCAUAUAGAAUUUCUGAAAACUAUUUUUUUCAUUAAUAAAACUAGAAAUGUUAAUUAAACAUUUAAUUGUAAAAAGCUGCAAUUUUAAAUUUACGAUAUUUAGCAAAUAAAUCACUUGAUGCGAGUGACAAAAAGUUUACAAUAGGAAAUCUAUUUUUUAUGUACAUAGGUAUAUAUAUAUAUUCAGGCAUUUUUUUUCAUUAUUUUCUACUAAUUUGACUUUGGCACUUUUUUUUAUCCCAUUAAGUUUAAAUUUAUUGGCAAAAUAUUUUCUUUAAAUGUUUGUGAAAUUAAAUAAUAAUUGAAA